CCCGCUCCGCCUACCACUCUUUUACGAAAACACUCCCUCUCUCUCACUCUAUGCUUUUAGGAGGCGAGUCGUCGGCGCCGGCGAUGCAGGCUCCGGGCGGCGGCGGAACUCCGAGGGCGGAGGAUAUUCUCGAUUGGCUUCAGAAGGAGAUGGGCUACCCGGGUCAGCUUCCCUCCGCCGAUCAGAUCCGUAAGAUCUGCCGGGGAAAUAUGGUUACCGUCUGGAACUUCCUCCUACAGAGAGUGCGGUCGGAGAGAACCACCGGAACUGUUCGCCGAAAUAUUCUGGUCCAUGGGUUGGUGAAGCCGGAGGAUGGUGGGAGGGCGAGGAGGAGGGAGAAGGAGAAGGGAAAGGUCGGUUUCGAGGAGGGAUCAUCAGUUGAGGGAAGGGAGAUUGCCAUUCGGGAAAGGGAUCAGGCGGAGGAGGAGGCGGAGAGGUUGAGGAGCGUGGUGAGGAGGCAGAGGAGGGAACUGAAGUCGCGGAUGGUGGAUGUUGCGAGGGAGGAGUCGGAGCGGAAGAGAAUGCUCGAUGAGAGGUCCAGUGCUAGGCACAAGCAGGUGAUGUUAGAAGCCUAUGAUCAACAGUGUGAUGAGGCUGCUAAGAUAUUUGCAGAGUACCAAAAACGGCUUCAUCAGUAUGUUAGUCAGGCAAGGGAUGUUAAGAGGUUGAAUACAGGCAGUACUGCUGAUGUUGUUGAUGAGAUCCAUUUACAUGGUGAGAAAGAAGCUGUUUACUCAACUGUAAAGGGUAGCAAGUCAUCAGAUGAUAUCAUUCUCAUAGAGACAUCACAAGAAAGAAACAUUAGAUUGGCCUGCGAGUCUCUUUCCAAGCUUACGAUUGAGAAAAUCCAAAGUACUUUUCCUGCAUAUGAAGGGACUGGAAUUAAUCCUAGUUCACAGGUUGAUGCUUCCAAGUUCAUCAUUGAACUAGAAGGUGAAGUUCCUGAUGAUGUUAAGGCUAUAAUUCUUGAUUCGCUGAUAAAUCCUUCAUUGUUGCUUCAGUCAAUCACUACAUAUGCAAUGCGGUUUAAUUCGCUGAUCCAUAGGGAGACUGAAAAGAUUGAUAUCCGUGCUGAUUCGGAACUUUUAAGGUAUAAAUAUGAGAAUGAUCGAGUAACAGAUGCAGCAGCUUCAGAUGCAAGCUCACCAUUUCCAUAUCAAGUUUAUGGUAGUCCAAGGAGUGGAAGAGAUGUAUCAAUAAAGGGAACUUAUAAUCAACUUCUUGAACGACAAAAAGCCCAUGUCCAGCAGUUUGUGGCGACUGAAGAUGCACUAAACAAGGCAGCGGAGGCCAAAAGCUUAACUCAAAAGCUUAUAAAACGUAUGCAUGGAAAUAGUGAUUUAGCUCCCUCACAAACUGCACCUGCUGGAGGAACCUCUCAGAGUCUAGGCAAUGUCAGACACUUUGAGAUGGAUGUUUGGGCUAAGGAACGAGAUGUUGCUGGACUUAGAGCAAGCGUUAAUACAUUGACAUCUGAGGUGCAGCGCUUGAAUAAUACAUGUGCAGAGUGGAAAGAGGCCGAGGAUUCUUUGAGGAGAAAAUGGAAGAAAAUUGAAGAAUUUGACUCUCGCAGAUCAGAACUUGAGUCCAUUUAUACAUCACUACUUCAGGCUAACAUUAAUGCAUCUGAAUUCUGGGAACACCAACCAGCAGCUGCACGAGAAUAUGCAGCAAGGACAAUCAUUCCAGCAUGCACUGCUGUGGUUGAUAUUUCAUCAAGCGCAAAGGAUCUGAUAGAGAAAGAGCUGUCUGCCUUCCAUCAGAGCCUGGAUAAUAGAUUAUAUAUGCUGCCAUCAACACCUCAGGCCCUAGUCGAGUCUCUUGGUGCUACUGGAGCUAUGGGUCCUGAAGCCCUUGCUGCCGCAGAAAAAAAUGCAUCCUUAUUAACAGCAAGAGCUGGUGCUGGAGACCCAUCUGCUGUGCCAUCGAUUUGCCGUAUUUCUGCUGCCCUUCAGUAUUAUUGCGAAGGAACAGAUGAUGGCCUAACAUCUGUCUUGGAAGCAUUGAACUUUUGCAUAAAACCCUGGGAUUCUGAGGCUAGCAUAUUAGAAAAUUUGUCAAAGACUAUCAAUCUAUUUCAUACACAACGAGAUCUUGUUGACAAUGGCCGAGCUUUGUUAAGCCGUGCUCAUCGUGUUCAACAAGAAUAUGAAAGGAUGGGCAAUCAUUGUCUAAAGUUAGCUGCGGAGCAAGAGAAACUUGUCACCGAAAAAUGGCUACCUGAGCUCCGAAAUGCUAUUGUGGAUGCUCAAAGAUGUUUGGAAGAUUGCCAGCGCGUCAGGGGUUUGGUUGAUGAGUGGUGGGAGCAGCCGGCGGCAACCGUUGUGGACUGGGUAACUGUUGACGGGCAGAAUGUUAGCACUUGGCUCAACCAUGUAAAGAAGCUCCAGAUGGCUUUUUAUGACAAGGAACUCCUUUAAGUUAGUUUCCUAAACCCUAAACCUCUUGUGAUCAUAUUCAUUGAAAAUUAAUUUGCGUAUAUUAUAUUUGCUGUAGCUUGUAUUGUAUUUUGGUUGAAAAUCAUAGCACUACUGCAUUCAUCUCAAAGUAAAUUCAAUAAUUAAAAAUC